AUGACUGACCGGCACCUGGAACCUCUGUUGGCGAACGCGAUUUCGACUUUCGUCUCACGAUACAGCUCACCGCCGCCCGAUCCGACUGUCCAGGUUCCUGGCACCGUUGAGCCUGGCGGAGACCUAUUGGAGAACAACAUCAACGCGGAAAUCGGCACGGCGGCGCGCCCGUGUCUUCCCAGCGAGGGAUUGCAGAGGAGCGCUCGACUGAAAGACGCGCCAUUCGAGACGCGGCUGCGCAUUUGUCGUGGUGUACUGCAACCCCCUCAGUCAACCCCAAGCAGUUUAUUUCGUGUGACCACCUCCUGGCAUGACCACCGCGGUCCUGGCACCCCCGACUACCAAAGCAAAGCGCCAAGCCGAGGGGAGCGACGGAGCACACGAAACAGCGCAAGCACAAAAGAUUUAGAAUCUAUCACGAACGGCGAAAGCAAACGUAAAGCCAAUUACGAGGAUGAUGGCGGAUUCGAAUUUACACGAGUACCGUCAAAAAAGGCGAAGCCAACGAUGGAAGUAGUCGCAGAAGCCCCUCAUUCAGAUGCAGAAAAUGCGCCUUCGCAAUCCACACCACGAAGAGGACGGCCGCCGAAAAAACGAACCGGUGAUGCUGCACCCGCAGUGCCGACGACAGGCGAAACAACCGAACUUCCGACGCGGCGACCGACGAGGGGUACUGCGAACACGGCAGUUUCCGAAUCCGAACAGCGCGCGACGCGCUCAUCACGAAAACACGAGCCCCAGCACGAUCAGCAGGACGAAAGACCAGCAAAGAAAGGGCGGCCAGGCAGACCGAAGAAGGCGGAAACGAACGGGUUCAAAUCACCGGAGCAGCCUACCAAGGUUGCCCUGCCGAUAGCCGACACGCCAGUCAUGCAGCGCAACAAGGAACUGAGAGGGACGAAGUCAGGUAAAGGGCGGCGACGCAUUAGUUCAGAGAUGCGAGGUCGGAGAGCCAGCUCUUUGAUUGACUCGGGAACAUCAAAUGCAUUACCACACCGGGAGGUUCGCACGGCGGAUUUCUACAAGCACAUUGCCGAUGAGGGUCUUCCUGAGCCGCGCAGAAUGCGACAGCUUUUGAUAUGGUGCGCAACGCGUGCAUUGGGCGACAAACCAUCAAGCUUCCACGCGGAGGAUCAGAGCGCACAUUUGGCCGCCCGUGUGAUCCAAGAGGACUUGCAAAAAGAGUUCUCGUCGAACUCGGAUCUUUCGAAUUGGUUUAGUCGCGAAGAUGUGAAUCCGCCCGCCGUUGUCGUGAAGAAGCCCAACCCAAGGAACGUGCAGAACACAGAAAAGAUCAAGGAGUUGGAGGAACAAAUACAAAGGCUCCAAAAGGAGAGGCAAGCUCUCAACGCUCUUCAUAAACAACCUCCGAUUCCUCGCCUUGAUACACUCGAGGCAAAUACCUCGACCAAGAAGUCUCCAAAAUCUCAACGGCAUCUUCAAAAAGCCCCGGCUGAAGAGAUCGACACCUCUCUUCUUGAACCCUCUCAGCAAGCCCUCUAUACAUCCCUCAAACCUCACGCCCCCUCCAUAGAGAAGGGCUCCUCUUCACAAACAGUCCAACCUCCAGUUUCUCCAUCCGCUGUUUCAGCACGUCUAUCUCGAAUCACUACUGGCCUUGCGCCAACACUCGAUGCCUUCGCGGCGGGAGUACAUGACAUCGAGUUAUACCGAUCUACCGCAGAUGCAUUCUCAUCGCGGGUACUGCGCAUCUGUGCAGAACGCCUUGAGGAACGUGAUGCACGAAAUUACCGGGAACGACUCGCAAUCGAGGGAGAUGACGAGAGUCGGUCAUCUUGCCCUGCUGCAGCACGUCCGCGAGAGGAUCUGGGUCUUAUUCUUGGGGCGCUCAGUCGGGUUGAAAGGCGGUAG